AUGCUCUUUCUUCUCUCUGAAUCCUUAUCAAUAAACUAAUUCCCCAACAUUAUAGAAACAUACAAAAUUCACAGACAAAACAACAAGCUCUUCUUAAAUUAACCAUACCAAGAUUUAACAACAAUUCCUCAACACAUACCAACAACAAAACAUAACAUGGCAAGGUUCCACAAAUCCCAAUGGUUUCAACUUCCUCAUGUUUUUGUUUCACUCUUAUUCUAUUCUGAGAAUCAUCAUCAUUAGCAUUAAAGAUUUUGUCAGUAAAGAAAAACAAUUGAAGGAGCUAGCAAUUCAACAAUAGAAGAACAAGUCCUAACAGGAACUUAAAUGUCACAGCAGGAAACACAAUCCUGUGGUGGCUUCCUAUUACUCCUUUCCUGGAUCCUUCUUUCAGGUACAGUUUUUGCUGGGGAUUCUUUGGACACAGACAAACAGGUUCUGUUGAAGCUGAAGGACUAUCUAGAUAACAGAACUCUUGCAGAUCAAGGAGUUUACAUAAAUUGGAACACCACCACCUCCAACCCUUGUGAAUGGCAAGGAAUCAGGUGCAGCAGAGGGAGCAGAGUGGUUGGUGUAUACCUCUCCGGCAGCGACAUCACCGGGGAGAUAUUCCAGAGCUUCUCGGAGCUAACAGAACUCACACACCUUGAUCUCUCUCAGAACACACUCUUUGGAGGGAUUCCUGAGGAUUUGAGGCGCUGCCAAAAGCUGGUUCAUCUCAACCUGUCACAUAAUAUUCUUGAUGGGGUGCUGAAUUUGACCGGGUUCACAGGCUUGGAAACACUUGACUUGUCCAUGAAUAGAUUUCAAGGGGAGCUUGGGUUGAAUUUCAAUUUCCCUGCCAUUUGUGGAAAUUUAGUCACUUUGAAUGUCUCAGGUAAUAACUUAACUGGUGGGGUUGGUGAUGGAUUUGAUCAGUGUCACAAGCUGCAGUACUUGGAUUUGAGCACCAAUAAUCUAAGCGGGGGCAUGUGGAUGAGAUUUGCAAGGCUCAGACAGUUCUCGGUCGCGGAGAAUCAUCUCACCGAGACCGUUCCUUCAGAAGCUUUUCCGUCGAAUUGUAGCCUUGAACUACUAGACCUUUCUCAGAAUGGGUUUGUUGGUGAGGCUCCAAAAGGGGUUGCUAAUUGCAAGAAUUUAACCAUUCUGAAUCUUUCUAGCAACAAUUUUACAGGUGACAUUCCCAUUGAAAUGGGGUCUAUUUCUGGCCUCAAAGCACUGUACUUGGGGGGGAACAACUUUUCAAGAGAUAUUCCAGAAACCCUUGUGAACUUGAGCAAUUUGGUUUUCUUGGAUUUGAGUAGAAACAGAUUUGGUGGGGACAUACAAGAGAUAUUUGGGAAAUUCAAUCAGGUAAGCUUUCUUCUAUUGCACUCCAAUUCCUACACUGGAGGAUUGAGAUCAUCAGGAAUUCUUACCUUGCCAAAAGUUGAGAGGUUAGACCUAAGCUUCAACAACUUUUCAGGUCCAUUACCUGCUGAAAUAUCUCAGAUGUCAAGUCUGAAAUUUUUAAUGUUAUCACAUAACCAGUUCAAUGGCUCUAUUCCACCUGAAUUUGGAAACAUGACUCACCUUCAAGCACUUGACCUAUCCUUGAACAAUCUGAGUGGGGCAAUACCACCAAGCCUUGGAAACUUGAAUUCCCUUUUAUGGUUGAUGCUUGCAGAUAACUCAUUAACUGGAGGAAUCCCCCCAGAGUUGGGAAACUGCUCAAGUUUGUUGUGGUUAAACCUUGCUAAUAAUAGGCUCACCGGAAAGUUUCCUCCUGAAUUGUCCCAAAUUGGAAGGAAUGCAAUGAUAACAUUUGAAUCAAAUAGGCAAAAUGAUCGAAUCACUGCUGGCUCUGGUGAGUGUUUGGCAAUGAAGAGAUGGAUACCUGCAGAUUACCCUCCAUUCAGCUUUGUCUAUGACAUCUUGACAAGGAAAAAUUGUAGAGGCCUUUGGGAUAAAUUGCUCAAAGGAUAUGGCAUUUUCCCCUUUUGCACACCAGGGUCCUCCUUUCAGACAGCUCAGAUAUCAGGCUAUGUUCAGUUAAUGGGGAACCAGCUCAGUGGCGAAAUCCCUUCAGAGAUUGGCUCAAUGGUGAACUUCAGCAUGCUGCACUUGGGCUACAACAAUUUCUCUGGGAAACUCCCACCACAGCUGGGAGGUAUUCCACUUGUGGUCUUGAACAUGACUAGAAACAAAUUUUCAGGUGAAAUCCCUUCAGAACUUGGCAACAUGAAAUGCAUGCAGAUGCUGGACUUGUCUUUCAACAAUUUCUCUAAGACUUUUCCCACAAGUUUGAACAGAUUGGCUCAGCUUAACAAGUUCAACAUCUCCUACAACCCCUUCAUAUCUGGUCCGGUCCCAUCAACCGGACAAUUUGUUACUUUUGAUAAAUAUGCUUACAUAGGAGACCCCCUCUUGAUCCUUCCCCGUUUCAUUGAAAACACUACAAAUAACAGAAACACAACCCUUCAAAAAGACCACAAAAGGCAAACAAAGUUGUCUGUGUUUUUGGUGUUUGUAGCCAUAACACUUGUUUUCAUGGUGGUUGGGCUUCUUACUAUUGUAAUUUGUGUAUUGGUGAAAAGUCCAUCAGAUGAACCAGGAUAUCUCUUGAAGGAGACAGCAAAAGAGUGGCAUGAAUUAACCAGCUCCGGAUCCUCAUCACCAUGGUUGUCUGAUACAGUUAAGGUGAUCCGGUUGAACAAGACAGUGUUCACCUAUGAUGACAUUUUGAAAGCAACAGGAAGCUUCUCAGAGAGAAGAAUCAUAGGAAAAGGAGGGUUUGGAACAGUAUACAGAGGAGUGUUUCCAGAUGGGAAAGAAGUGGCAGUGAAGAAGCUUCAAAGGGAAGGACUUGAAGGUGAAAAGGAGUUCAAAGCUGAAAUGGAGGUCUUAAGUGGAGAUGGGUUUGGUUGGCCUCAUCCAAAUCUUGUCACACUCUAUGGUUGGUGUUUAAACGGUUCACAGAAGAUACUUGUAUAUGAGUACAUACAAGGUGGAAGCUUGGAGGAUCUAGUAACUGAUAGGACACGUUUUUCAUGGAAAAGGAGGCUGCAAGUAGCAACUGAUGUGGCUAGAGCAUUAGUCUAUUUACACCAUGAGUGCUAUCCUUCAAUUGUGCAUAGAGAUGUGAAGGCUAGCAAUGUUUUGCUAGAGAAAGAUGGGAAGGCCAAAGUUACAGACUUUGGGCUUGCAAGAGUGGUUGAUGUAGGGGAUAGCCAUGUGAGCACCAUGGUGGCUGGGACAGUGGGUUAUGUUGCGCCGGAAUAUGGACAGACGUGGCAAGCCACCACGAAAGGCGAUGUUUACAGUUUUGGGGUGCUGGUUAUGGAGCUUGCGACAGCGAGGCGCGCUGUGGAUGGAGGGGAAGAGUGUUUGGUGGAAUGGGCUAGGCGUGUGACGCGUCAUGGGUCGAGCCGCCGCUCUGUGCCAGUUUUGCUCAUGGGUACUGGACUUGUUGGUGGGGUGGAGGAGAUGGGUGAGUUGCUGAGAAUUGGUGUGAAGUGUACUUCUGAGGUGCCUCAUGCUAGACCUAACAUGAAGGAAGUUCUGGCUAUGUUGGUUAAGAUAUCUAACCUCAGAGGGGACUCUAGUUAUUGACACCUUGUUCAGUCAUUUGAGUUUAGGAAAUUGAAGGGUCUGGGAAAAAAAUGUGCAUAGUUUGAACUGUUACAUAGUUUACACAGAAAAAUUAAUAAUAUCAUGAACAGAUGAUUCUUCUAUUGUAUACAGAAAAUUCAUCCAUUUAUAUGUGGAGAUAGUUGCUCAA